UCUCACAAGACUCGCUGUAAAUUAAACACAAAUUCUUGUGAAUGAUUUUGAGAGACCAUCUCUAAUUGGCCGGCCUAUUAUAUAUUUUUUAAAAUAUUGUAAGUAGGUAUUAAAAAUAAUAUAAGUAGACAUUCACGAUAUUGAAUGUAGGUAUUAAGAAUACCGUAAACAAGCAUUAAUAAUAUAAGUAGGCAUUAAAAUACAUAAAUAAACAUUAAUCUUUAAAAAGAUAAGUUUCAGAUACAUUCGUCAAAGAGAUGGUUAUUCGUGAGACUUAGCCGAAUAAAAUGGGGUGUUUUGGAAUCAUGGUGGUCCAUUCAAACGAAGGUAAAGCCAUAAAGUAAAAAACAAUACAAAACCCCUGAAAUCCCCUCCCUCCAACACAACUUCCUCAUUCCCAAGCAGUGUACUAUAAAAACACUUUAUUCUCCCUAAAUUCCUCCAAUUUUCCCCCUUUUCUUCUCAAUCCUCGAAUUUUCAACUGAAUUCAUUACAAAAAUGGAAGCCAAAUCACCAUCAUCUUCUGCGACAAUGAAGAAACCAACAUUAACACCGAAAGCCGUAAUAUACCAGAAAUUUGGUGACAAAGCACGCUAUAAGAUUGAGGAAGUUCAGGAAGAAUCUCCUCAAAAUGGGUGUCCUGGUUUGGCUAUUCCUCAAAAGGGUCCUUCCCUUUUUCGAUGUUAUUUGAAGCUUCCUGAAUUAUCUACUGUUUCACAACCUUGUAAGAAGAAGAAGGAGGCUGAACAAUCUGCUGCACUCAUGGCUUGUAACAAGCUAGGUAUUGAUCCCACAAAGAGCAUCCUGACCGUAUCAGAUGCAGCAGAUGAGUUAGUUUCUCGCCUCUCGUAUAUAUUUUCAAGUGAGUUCCUGUCAUCACUUAAUCCACUGAGUGGUCACUUAAAAGCUGUUUCCUACAGAGCGGGGGAUCUCAGUGGCUCCAUUCCUGUAUCUGUUAUCAUUGCUUGCGAUGCAAAGGUCGGAAACUUAUGUAGAUCUAUUGAUGCGAGGGUUGAGUCCAAUCCUUUCUUGUCGAUACCUCUUGUCAUGCGAGCUGCAGUCAGAUUAUCAGAAUCCCUUGUUAUGUCUGUGGAAGGUCUUUGGAUCAGGAGGAAAGAUCCUUAUCCAACGGGCGCUAUGUCAGCACAAGAGUCAGUUGUGACAAAUGGGGCUUUGACGGAGGCUGUGUACAUUCCAUUUUCACUUGAUAACAACGUGCGAUCCAUUAGUAUGAAUCCAUAUUCGGAAGGUUAUUAUCUGGAUGUUAUUGCUAAAGAACUUGGUGUUGUAGAUGCUUCAAAAGUCCUCAUCUCUAGGACAAUCGGCAAAGCCUCAUCAGAGUCAAGACUGUAUUUUUCUGCUUUGGAGGAAUGUAAUUUCAGUACAAUUUCAGAGUCUCAUGAUGCAAAACUGCUAUCUUGCUGUGAUAGUUCUUUCAAUAUUCGUGCUAGUUACUUGCUGGGACAACAUAUCUAUGGCAAUGCUAUUUUAGCAUCGAUUGGUUACACAUGGAGAGGUGCAGAGCUAUUUAAUGAAGAUCUUUCUUUGCGUUCAUACUUCAGGAUGCUGGUAGCAAGAACGCCCAAUGGCCUUUUCAAGUUAUCUAGAGAUGCAUUACUUGUGGCGGAUUUGCCUGGAUUAUUCACCACUAAAACAAACUGGAGGGGCUCAUUGCCAAGGGAUCUUCUCUGUGCAUUCUGCCGUCAACAUAGGCUCUCCGAGCCAGUUUUUACUGUUGUCAGCAACUCUAACAAAUCAGAUCACGACUCGUCAGGGUCUUGUAAAAGCCAGUCAGCUAGAAUGUCAAGCACGGGACUUGCUUCUAAAACCAAAGAUAUUCCAGUCACAGCUGAUCAGACUCUAGUUGAAACAGAAUGUUUUAGUUGUGAAAUAAAAUUGUAUUCGAAAAAUCAAAAUUUAAUUCUUGAAAGUUCUCCCGUGGAAUCUUUCAUGAAACAAGGGGAUGCAGUGCAAAAUGCUUCUUUAAGGGUCCUUUCCAUAUUGAACGUGUACUUUAAGCAACCAAAUAUGCCUUUCGAGGAGCUGUCCUUUCUUGGUGCUGAUUGUGGCAUUAAAUGCCAUCCGACUUACUUCUCGAAGGAGUUUUCUCUGUGUCAACUGAUGCACCAGGUUCAGCAGUCAAGUGAUUUACGAGUAGAUCACAAGCUCAACUCAAAUCUUAUAGGUCAUUUACGUGAUUCGGCCAUUUUUGAUAAUGAGCAAUUGAGCAUACAAGGAACUGCAUGUGGGUCAUUACCUUCCAUUGGAUCUCUUGUCACUAUAAGCUAUUGCGUACUUCUGGUAUCUGAAGGAAACGAAAUCCGAGAAAUUUUAGAGAAAAAUGAUGAGUUUGAGUUUGAGCUUGGCACAGCAGCGGUAAUUUCAUGCAUUGAAACAGCUAUUAUGCAAAUGACAGUUGGACAAUCUGUCUCCUUCUACUUGGCCCUGGCACUAAAGGAGCUCGUUUUGGGUGCAUCUAUGGACUGUGAAAAGGUUCAAUCUUUUUUAUCCUCAAAAUCUUGCUGUUUAGAAUACUCCGUUACUGUGCUGCGAGUAACGGAACCUUAUGAAGACAGAAUGGAGCAGGCUCUGUUCAACCCUCCAUUGUCAAAGCAACGUGUGGAAUUUGCAUUGCAAUGCAUUAAAGAAUUUUCUGCUACUUCUUUGAUUGAUUUCGGGUGUGGAUCAGGAAGUUUAUUAGAAUCCUUACUCGAUAAACCAAGCUCUUUGGAAAAGAUUGUUGGUGUUGAUCUUUCUCAGAAGGGUCUCAUUCGUGCUGCAAAGGUCCUAAAUUCAAAAUUAGAAAAGUUGGAAACUUCGAUGCCCACAUCAAAAAUUAAAUCAGCAAUUCUAUAUGACGGUAGCAUAACUACUUUCGAUUCUCGCUUAAAUGGAUUUGAUAUUGGGGCAUGCUUAGAGGUCAUAGAGCAUAUGGAGGAAGAUGAAGCAUGCUUAUUUGGUAAUAUUGCACUCGGCCUAUUUCGGCCGAGGAUGCUGAUUGUCUCAACCCCAAAUUACGAGUAUAACGUGAUUCUUCAAAAGUCUAAUCAAGUAAGCGAAGUGGAGGAUCCGGAUGAUAAGUCAUCAUCACAACCUUGUAAAUUCCGCAAUCAUGAUCACAAGUUCGAGUGGACGAGAGAACAAUUCAAUUGCUGGGCAACAGAUUUGGCAGCAAAAUACAAUUACAGUGUCGAGUUUAGUGGAGUGGGAGGAAUAGCGGGCGUGGAACCAGGGUUUGCUUCUCAGAUUGCAGUGUUUAGAAGGAAUCAGUGCCAGGCGCUGAUAGAUUCUAAAGCAACACAAACGGAAGACAUUUAUAAAACUAUUUGGAAAUGGGAUGCGACGACAUUCGCCUUUCAGUCGAGUUAAUUCACUUAUAUAGGGAACGUGUUAACGUGUUGGUUUAGUUCAAUCGAAUACAAAACGUAGACACCGUAAGGGUUUCUUGUGUUUUCGUAAAAGGUUCCUUGUCGUAUCUUUCUUUAAAUGUGCCCGUAUCGUUGCCUGAUUUGGCCUUUUAUUUACGUGUGGCUAAAUUUUGGCGCUUGCUUUUACGCCAACUUAACAUGCUGUUGGAUUGCUUGCUGGUUGUUGGCUUCUUGUCAUUACGUUUGUUGCUUCUUGAUUACUAGGUGGUGUUAAGGCUUGGGUUGGUUUAUCUCCCUCCUUGUAGAAGACUACUAGACAUGAGUUGAACUUGCUCAUGUUUAGUAGUGAAAAGACUUCAAUUGCUAGGAUAAUUUAUGUUGCCAUAUUGAAAUGGCCAUUUUUAAUGGGGACCUUAUACCCGAUGUUAGUUUAUUUAAAAUAAGCUUAAUCUUUUGGAAUUACGACUCUGAUACUUUUAUUGUUGUUGUAAAACAUAAUUUUCACAAAUCCAAUGAAAAUCAAAAACGGUUUUUAUAAUGUGAGAUUCAUUUUGCAAAACUUUAAAAUUGAUAAAAAGACAAAAAAUAAAAAUGAGCAUGCUAAUUUGAGAGUUU